AUGCUGCUCCAUGUGAUAUAUGGCACAUUCCUGCUGCCCUUCAUGCAGACUCAUCCCAGUGCAAAGUUGCUUGAGGUAGGUUCUGGCUGCAAUCAGGAUUAUGGCCCCGGGGCACGCAAGCCUCUAUGGAAGAAGCUGUUUCCAACUGCUGCCUUCUGGGAAGCAAGUCUUAGUACCACCUGUGAAGGCGAGACAAAGCAAGUGGGGCUACAGAAGUGGUUGGAUUCCAUGGUCGGGGAUCUCCAUGUAGUUAUCCAUUCUCAGAACCAUCAUCAGCAGACACCUGCAUGGACAGUUUUUGACUCGCUGUGGCCUCGGUUGAGGCCAGGCGGCAUGUAUUUUAUAGAAGCUUUCAAUGACCGCGAGGCUGGCAUUUCCAACAGACUUGCGCAAUGGAUUGAUCAGCUGUUAAUCUGGGCACCUUCUCCAAGUGGCGCCCAUGCCCACCCAAUGCCAAGCGGCCUCGAGUCCAUCUACUGUCAGCGGCAGGCGUGCAUGAUCCGGAAGCAAGUGUGCCGCCGUGACUUAAGUGACAGCGGCAAUUUUGUCGCUCACACGGUCUAUUCCUUUGAGCAAGCAGCGCGCGAAAUGCGCCAGCAGACCGAUAAGACAACAACUCACAAGUAUCAGGUGAUGUUUGGUACUUUCCUACUUCCCUAUCUGCAAUCUUCCCCUCAAGCCAAGAUGCUCGAAAUUGGCCUUGGCUGUGGUAUGGUAUCCGGCACGGGUGCAAGUGCAAGGCUAUGGCUAAAGUUGUUUCCCAGCCUAGAUCUGUGGGAGGCAGAGUAUCAAGCAACCUGCGUGGACUAUGAACGCAAGGUGGGACGGCUCGACGGUUUCAGAACUGUGACAGGAGACCAGGGUGAUGCAGCCACUCUGCAAGAAUGGCUGAUCACCACUGGUGGCAAUUUCGACAUCAUCAUUGAUGACGGCAGUCACCACAACAAGCACGUCAAGGCCAGCUUCGAGGGUCUUUGGCCUGCCGUCCGACCUGGUGGCCUCUACUUCCUGGAGGACCUGCAGGUUGGCAGGGAAGCGGAGUAUGCAGAUGGUCCGGCGACAUCUGAAAUUAUGCAGUCCUGGGUCCAGCAGAUGGUAAAUCCUGCCAACGCCUCCGGACGAUUUCCUCUUCCUCCGGAUGUCGAGUCGGUCUACUGCCAGUGGGAGGCCUGCGUGGUCCGCAAAGCUGGUGGCUUCUGA